AUGCAGACACUCACGACGCUCAGACUUGGUGGAAAUUUUAUUGGUGCCAUUGAAGCAGUAGAACUUGCUGAUCUAAUUAUAAAUAAUAUAACACUCACCACACUCAGUCUUGGAGGGAAUCAAGUCCGAGAUAAUGGUACAGAGUAUUUAGCUGAUGCAUUGGUACAUAACACGACACUUGAAACGCUCGAUCUCAGAUGGAAUCAAAUCAGUGCUGAUGGGUUCGAACAACUGGCCAAUGCGUUGAGACACAAUAGGACACUCACAACACUCAAUCUCUUCGGCAAUGAAAUUGGAGAUGUCGGCAUAGAACAUCUGGCUGACGUAUUAAGACACAAUCAGGUUAGAGCAGUUCUCUCAUCGUAUAUCUGAAAUUCAGGUCUCUUCGUUGAUAUAGACUCUGACGACACUCUAUCUCGCAUGGAAUCAGAUUGGAGACGCUGGCAUACAACAUCUGGCUGAUGCAUUGAGAAACAAUACGGUGAGAAACUAAUACUUUUCAUCUUACUGGUAAUUUUAUUUUGUCUGAUUUGAUUAAGACACUCACCACUCUUGAUCUUCAACGGAAUAGAAUCGGAGACAUGGGAGCACAGUUCUUCAUCGACGUAUUGGUCAAUAAUACAGUAAGAGAAAUAAUCUUCUUUGUCUCGUACUACUGUAUCAUCUUUAAAAUAGACACUAACCACACUCGAACUCUAUGUCAAUCCGAUCACAUAUCAAUUACAACAGCAAAUUAGAUAUCUACUGAGAAGAAAUAAUAGAUGAUAACAUGAUCGUUUUACGAAUCCCGAUUUUCACAUCAUUUAAUUGACUAUAACCCUCGGGAAGAAUUAAUUUACGGAAUGUGAAUCAUAAAAAAAAAUGCGAAAAUAUUCUUUAAUAUCUUAUAUAGCAGUUUUUGUGACUCAUUUUGUAAGGUACACCUAAUGACUAAAUCAAACAAAAAUAUUUUUGACUGGAUAAAACCUUGUAAAUACGUGUUUUGUUUAUUUUCUGGAAUCAAAUAUUGGUUGAUCAAUCACAUGAGCAUCAUCGUAUUCUUUCUGCACCUUUUCUCACCAUUGCAUUCAAGAUUCUCUGCUCAAUUUUUUAAAGCACGACACCAAGAGUCCAGAAGUUAUUGUUUUUUCUCCAGUAUCAAUAACUUAUCACUUACAUCGAUACCGACGCGCACAUCCAUUGCUCACUGCAUGUAUGACCAAACGGAAGACACAGCAGUGUCGGGAGUGAAACAAUAAAACAAAUACAUAGUGGAGUCGAUUACCUUUCUAGAAAUGUAUAAUUGGUGAGAAUUUUCUGAUGAUUUUCAAAUAAGAUCAUUUUAGCCAGCCUAUAAGUCCCUAUCCUUUUAAAACUUUUAUAUCAUUCUAUGUAUAUGAAUAUCCAAAAAAACUUCCAAAUCGGUCAAACAACAACAGAUUCUUUUUAUUAUUCCUAUGAAAUAAUUUAUCCAAAAGUGAUGAAUUUUAUCAUCUAUACUUUCGGUAUAAUCUUCGCAUAGACGAUUUCAAAUUGGAACAUGAAAUCUGCAAUAUUGUUUGCAAUAUUCAUCGACUACUCGACAUCCUGAGGGUGGGUGCAUAGAUGAGGAUAGGUGUCAGGAGCAUGAAGAGAAAAACAUCAUCCGCCCUUCAAAUGGAACGAUUGUUUUUAAUACUGGGUAUUCGAUUACUCAUGUUCAUGUCAGUUCAAUUUUAAUUUAUUAAGAAUUAUAGGGAGUGAAGUUACGUUUAUUUUUAAUCAUAAACAAUAAUAUUAUUGAAACGAAAAGGGUGGGGUGUGGGUGUGGGUGUAAGUCUUCUCUGAUUCCACACCCACACCCUUUAUAAAGAGUUCGUAAAUAG